AUGAUGAUCUCAAGAUUGCUACCGAAAUUGUUUAUUGUCUACAUGCUGAUUGGAGUUCUAGGAAUUAUAGAUGCGAGCUCUUCAAUGUACUCAAGACGUAGAACUCCAAGUGAACGUGUGAUGUCCAUCAUCCGUCCAAGAAUGUUUCAAAACCCGGGUUUCAAAAUGAGUCAAACAAUUCAAAAAUCUAUUCAACUGAACCCAAAUCGAGCUCUUCCAUGCUGUAAAGAUGAGUCUGGUGGAUUAAUUUGCAAGAAUUUAAAAAGAACAGAUAUCAAAUUAUUCACUCAAAACUUUUUCGUUGGACCAGCGAACUCUACCAACUGCUUUGAUCGUAUGAGUCCAGCCUACUGUAGUCGUUUUGAAACCGGAGAUGACGCGUGGAAUAACAGAAGAUGGUCAUGUGACACUUCUCAUUUCAGACUUGGUUUCAGAGUCUGCAGAGCUACCUGUGGAUUCUGUGGUCUCGAUUGGGUCAACGCGCCGGAGGCUUUAAAAUGUCUUUAG